AUGUGUGACGGGAUUGAGCCCAAAUCCGCCGAGUUCCUGAAUCGUCGCUGGGGGUCGGUGAAGCGAUCGAAAAAUCGCGUCAAGAAGGCCCAAGGCGAUGGAGAUGACGAGGAGAAGGCGUCAGCCAGGUCUUCACCCGAUUUACAAGCUGAUCAGGAUACCAAAUCGUUGGAUGAUAGACUAUGCGCACCUACCGAGCGUAGAGCUAGGGUUUCCGGGUCCCUCACUGGCAUCCCGUCAGAGCCACAGCAACCGGCAGCCGCAUUAACUUCCUCUACAUCGGCACCAGCUGCCUGUGAACAAGGUUAA